UAAUAUUGAAAGAGUUUUAUAUAAAGACUUUUAAAUGAUAUAUUUAUGUAUUAAGUAUAUGGAAUUGGAGUUAUCAUUAUUUCCAGAAUUCUGACUUUAGCCCGUGUGGCAACAUACCGGAUUGUAUUUAUAUUAUGGGCAGUGUGUAUACACUGUUUAAUGCGCCAAUGCAUUUUUGGGCAAUUUUUUUUACUUCAUUCGAUUAAAUUCUGAUAGCGCAAAAGGACUGCAAACAUGGCCGAUGACGAGCAAGAGGACCAGAAGGAGUACCGAUGGGAGACGGGCUACGAGAAGACUUGGGAGGCAAUCAAGGACGACGAGGAUGGCCUGCUGGAUGAAGCCAUCGCGGAGAUCAUUCAGAAGGCCAAGCGCCAACGGCAGGCACAAAAGACCAAGCAGAACCGACUAGGCAUGAUGCGCCACAUGUUUAUUGUGCUUGAUUGUUCUGAGUCCAUGAGUGUGCCAGACCUAAAGCCCACGCGACUACGUUGUACCGUCAAGCUACUAGAAGAUUUCAUCGAGGAGUUCUUUGACCAGAAUCCCAUCAGCCAGCUGGGGAUAAUAGCACUGAAAGCAAAGCGGGCCGAGAAGGUAACGGACCUCACCGGCACGUCGCGUGUCCAUCUUAAGGCGCUGGAGAGCUUGGCAAACGUGUCUCUUAGCAGCGAGCCAUCGCUGCAGAAUGGUUUGGAUCUGGCUUUGAAAAAGCUGAAAGUAGUGCCCUCUCACGCCUCCCGCGAGAUCGUUAUUAUUAUGGGCUCACUUACCACCUGCGAUCCUGUGGAUAUAAGCUUCACUAUCGAUGAGCUGAAGAGGGAGGGCAUUCGCUGCUCGGUCAUUUCUCUUUCGGCCGAUGUUCAUGUGGCUCGCUACCUUACUCAGCAAACGAUGGGUACCUUCGGGGCUGUUCUGGAUUACGCACAUUUCAGGGACCAGUUGAUGUCCCAGGUAGAUCCCCCACCCGCCGCCAAAACGCAACACAACUCUCUUAUUCGCAUGGGCUUUCCACGCACUAAGAACGAAGUGGAGGGCAAGGACGCGCCGCUUUCCAUGUGCAUGUGCCACAUAGAGAACAUGGAUGAGCCCAGUGAACUGAGCACUACUGGCCACCACUGCCCGCAGUGCAACAGCAAGUACUGCGAAUUGCCCGUAGAGUGUCAAUCCUGCGGCCUCACCCUAGUAUCCGCGCCGCAUUUGGCGCGAUCAUACCACCACCUGUUCCCGGUGCCUAACUUUGAGGAACUGCCGCUGGAGGCGAUGCCUGCGUCCUCUUCCUAUAUUGACGGCGGAAUCAGGGAAUGCUACGCCUGCGCCGACACAAUCUCCGAAAAUAUUGUGUUCAGAUGCAGCUUCUGUAAACAGUUUUUCUGCACCUGCUGUAACAUCUUUAUCCAUGAAACCCUGCACGCUUGUGUGGGAUGCAAUACCAUUCCUGGCGUGGACGGUUUGGUUUACCAGCAGAGCGCCAAGUCCGACAAGGAUGAUACGCGCGCAGACACCUCAAAGCAGCGCGACCAGUUUGGCAUGUAACUGACUUUCUGUAGAUAUUAUAUUUAACAAACUUUAACUACGUACUUAAAACCAACCAAUACAGUUCAAUUUGUACCGGUGUUCGUGAGUUGUACCAAUUAA